AUGUCUGCUGAGAUUCGCUCAAGGGGUGAUAUAGUGUUAAACGUUGCUUCGAGUAGUAUUGCAUCUUUACUUCUUCCCAAUAGAAGAACGGCACACUCAAGGUUCAAAAUACCGCUGAAUAUAACUGAGGAUUCUGUAUGUAACAUUAAACCUGGUUUCCCUCAAGCAAUGUUGCUGUUGAAAGCCAAACUUAUAAUUUGGGAUGAGGCUCCAAUGAUUAGUAGGUACUGCUAUGAAGUGCCUGAUAAAUGCUUGGGUGAUAUCAUGAGGUGUUCUCCAACAUAUAGCAAAUAUUUGCCAUUUGGAGGAAAAGUGGUUGUACUAGGUGGAGACUUUAGACAAAUUCUUUCUGUCAUUUUACAAGGAUCGAGACAAGAUAUCAUUCAUUCAACCGUGAAUUCGUCUUACCUUUGGAAGUUUUGUCAGGUGCUCAAACUAACAAAAAAUAUGAGACUCUCUGUAAGGACGACUGCUUCAGAUCAAGAUGAGACAGAGCAAUUUGAAAAUAUGUCCUCAAAAGAUCUUUUCAAAGCAAGAACUAUACUGGCUCCCACACUAGACAUCGUUAAAGAGGUCAACAACCAUCUGAUGGCUAUCAUUCCUGGAGAGAAAAAAUUAUAUCUUUCGGAUUCCAUUUGUAUGGAUGAAGGGAAUAUAGAGAGUCAGCUAGAUCUCUAUAGUUCUGAAUUACUGAAUAGCAUAAAUUACUUUGGUUUGCCUCCACAUAAAUUAAUACUCAAGAUUGGUAACAAUGUUGGUCAUAUUGCUUUGAUUCCAAGAAUGAAUAUGGUACCAACAAAUGAAACCGUCCCAGUUAGAUUCUAA